AUGGGAAUUAUUCCGUAUGCUAUUGAUCCGGAACUUGCAAGCAAAAGAUCAGUGAUUAUAGAGGCAAUGAAUCAAUACCACCAAAACACUUGCAUCAGGUUUGUGGAGAGAACUACGGAAUAUGACUACAUUUACCUGUCAAAAGUGAGCGGUUGCUAUUCAUAUGUGGGAAGAUUUGGCGGCAAACAACUGAUAUCAUUGAGCGAUGGGUGUCAUAGCGUCGGCACAAUUGUUCACGAGUUGGGACACACUGUGGGCUUCUAUCACGAACACCAACGCUCUGAUAGGGAUGACUACAUCCAGUUGUUCAGUGAUAAUAUAAAAGACAUAUAUAAGGAUCAGUUCAACAAAAUGGACCCAAAAGACAACCGACUGUUAAUGCCCUUUGACUUCAAUUCAGUGAUGCUUUACGGGCCGUUAGCCUUCAGCAAAGACGGUCGCUCUCACACUAUGGGUCCUAAAGACAAAUACAAGUCCGAGAGUAUGCUUGAAGUGAACCAUAAAUACGGAUUAAGUGAGUCUGAUAUCAAUGCCAUUCAAAAGUUAUAUCAGUGCUAA